GGGGGCUGCUGCGAUAGGGCUCCCUGGGCCUGGGCACCGAGAUAGCCGGUGGCACCGGCCUGCGGGGGCCGAUAAGGCUGCUCGAGCGAGCCUAGUCACCGCCGCGAGCAGAGCCCGGUGGGCUCCGCUUCCCCUGGAAACGCCGCCCGCCACCUGGGGGGGCUCCGGCCCCAGGGAGGCGCCCUUGGGUCUUUCUUCCUGACUCGUCCUUCUCUCCUGCAGCCCGCGGAGGCCCGCCUGACUGCUGACAAGUUGCCAUGGCAUCCUACUAUGAGAUCCUAGACGUGCCGCCCAGUGCCUCCGCAGAUGACAUCAAGAAGGCGUACCGGCGGAAGGCUCUUCAGUGGCACCCAGACAAGAACCCGGAUAAUAAAGAGUUUGCUGAGAAGAAGUUCAAGGAAGUGGCGGAGGCAUAUGAAGUGCUGUCAGACCAGCAUAAGCGAGAGAUCUAUGACCGCUAUGGCCGGGAAGGGCUGACUGGAGCAGGAACUGGCCCAUCUCGGGCGGAAGCUGGCAGUAGUGGGCCUGGCUUCACCUUCACCUUCCGCAGCCCCGAGGAGGUCUUCCGGGAGUUCUUCGGGACUGGGGACCCUUUUGCGGAGCUCUUUGAAGAACUGGGCCCCUUCUCAGACCUUCAGAACCGGGGUUCCCGGCCCGCAGGCCCCUUCUUUGCCUUCUCUACCUCCUUCCCUGGACACACUGGUAAGUGCUGUCCCUUCCCAUUUUCACCAUCUCUGCAUCCUGGAACCCCUCGCCUCAGCUCCUGGCUUUUCCAAGGCUCUCUGGUGCAUCCGGAGCCCUGCCUGUGGAGAGAGCACACAGGUUCCUGGCCCAUUGUGACUGCAGCCUGCUGCAUACAACCCCGGUCUAACAACCUCUCCUCCUCCUCCUCUGUCCCAAUGCCAGAAAUCUCCUCCUCGUCUUUCUCCUUCAGUCCUGGGGCUGGUGCUUUUCGCUCUGUCUCUACAUCCACCGCCUUUGUCCAGGGACACCGCAUCACGACACGCAGAAUCAUGGAGAACGGGCAGGAGCGGGUGGAAGUGGAGGAGGACGGGCAGCUGAAGUCAGUCUCGAUCAAUGGUAUCCCAGACGACCUGGCACUGGGUUUGGAGCUGAGCCGUCGGGAACAGCAAUCGGCUGUUACUUCCAGAUCUGGGGGCGCUCAGGUGCAGCGGUCCCCUGCCUCACGCCCUUUUGGCAGCAGCUUCUUGGAGGAGGAUGAGGACAUGCAGCUUGCCAUGGCCUACAGCCUGUCAGAGAUGGAGGCAGCUGGGAAGAAACCGGCAGGUGGGCGGGACGCACAGCGAAGACGGCAGGGGCAGCCCAAGGCCCAGUACCAAGAUCCGGGCAUGGGGGGGACUCAGGAGAGUGCAAGGAGUGACACAGCCAAACCUGGCUCACCCGUGGAGGUUAAGGCCGCUCAGUGCCUCAUCCUCUGAUCGCCAAGCUCAACCCACCCCAAUUCUGGGUGACCUGGGUCCUGCUCACUGUCAGAACAGAGGGGGAUGUGGCCCCUCCAACCCCAUGCUCCCCCUACAGUUUCCCUCCAGGUCCCCUGCCCUCUGGUGUGGACUCAGGCUUUGCUCUGCUGAGCUGAUAGGUCCCUGGUGAAGCCCAGCGGUGGGAGGACCUGAGGAGCCAGGAUGCACUUCUUAUGUGAUGGGGGCUUUCUAAGGGGCAUUAGUGGUUUGGGGCAGGCCUUCUGUGCCCAGCAACCUGUGUUGCUGAUGAUGUCAAGGAAGGAGGACUUGGCCUGGGGUUCUCUGAGCCCGAGUCGGCAGCUCCACUGGGGAGUCUCGGCUCCCCCUGUCCAGCUGCGGGCACCCUGCCCUGGUUUCUGUGCUGUGCUGAGCUCUGACUGUCUCUGUUGCUUCCCUUCUGGUGCUGCUGCUCUUCCUUACUCUGCAAUUCCCCGUGGGCCGCAUCGCUUGCUUUCACUGCUGUCUGGCUAGGACUCCCUUCUUCCUUCCCCAAGAAGGCCUCUGUGUGUCGAGGAAGAUGCUGUGGCCGGUAGGGCCAUAAGGUCUUCCGGGGAGGCUGGCUGGGUGGGGUGGGAGCCUCUGGGCCAUCCAGAUUCGGAACCGGAGCCCGCUCCUCCUCCCUUCUUCUUGCUGCCUCAGCCUGCCCUAGGCCUUGGGACUAGGCAGAGGUGAGGCUGGCUAACCCGGGAGCAGUGGGAUAAAGCCAGGGUGCCCAGGAGGGAGGCCUACAAGGGGACCGUGCCCCAUCCCACUUCACCAUGCGUCAGGGCUCAGGGAGAGGCCACAGGGCCAGUCCAGGUCUGCAUGCUCUGUGGCACCACCCUCCACGGCUUGCUGCUGACCCUCUCUCCUGUCACCCACCCCCACUCUCUUCCCAGAUGUGUUCUGAGCUGGAUGUCCGGGAUCCAGAGUCGAUGCACAGUUCCUACAGGACAGCGCCCUCCUCUGUGGGCUGGGAGGGGACUCUCCAUUCCUCUCCCUCACCUGUGCUGAGCAUAGAGCUGGGCCUGGGUGGUGGGUGGGGUCUGGGUGGGAGACGUCAGUAGUCUUAGCCUGUAAACUCUUCACUGGGUGGUUGGUGCUGUCUCUUGGAGACUACUAGUCCCAGAAUGCAACACACCCUGCCUCAUUUCUGAUAGAUUGUGCUUGGGGGAAGUGGUGUGUGGUUAUGGAGCUGUGCAUCUUGGGACAUGUAGUUCCACUCCAGGUCGGCCUGUCACUGGCUGUGAGAUGGGGAGAACUUAUCAUUUGAUAUGCCCCUAGCAGGGAUGGUGAAAAUGUGGAUGAAGGGGUAAUGGUCUGAGCUUCCAUUCCCCUGACACCUCUUGCUAGCAGCAGGGUUAGCGUGUAGAAAUGUGUAGAAAUCAAAGCCCUGUGGCAUCUGGGAGAGGCUCUUUUCUUGUGGACAGUACAGGGGUCUGAGGAACAGCUGGGACGGGAUCACUAAAAGCUGAUGGGUGUGGACUGGCAGAGAGCUUGAAGGGAAGGGCCCUCUGGGGUGUGUGUGUGUGUGUGUGUGUGCGCGCGUGUGGAUCUGGGAUUGGCAUGCGAUGGGAACUCCAGGCAUGUUGCUGCUUGUAUGGCUUCUAUGGCCUCUGACCCUGCUGACCAUUCUUUCCAACACCACAGCUGAGCUGCCUCUCCUCCUCCCUGCCUGGGGAGCCCCAUGGCCAGGGAGGGGAGUGGUGGAGCUGGGGUAUGCCAGACCCUGUGACAUUGUGUCUCAGAGACCUAUCAAAGCCAGCUGGGCUGAGCUCAGGCCAGAGGGAAACACUGGAAGUUGGUCAAUAAAGCUGAGUUUGGAGAGCUC